UUAUCUCCUUUUUUUAUAUACAUAUAUAUGCUUCAAUGUAUUUAUACAUGCGCGUAGAUAAGUUUUCAUUCGAAGAAAAUUCAUAAAUAUAUUAAAUAGAAUUUAAUAUGAAAGAAUGUUUGUUGAAUCUUGUUUGUUUCGCUUUAAUACACUGCUAGAAUAAAUACACUGCAAAUAAAGCUAAAUUCUCUUUCUCUCUAAUAUGAAAUCGAAAUGAAUCUAUUAUGAAAAUGAAAAUAAUUCUGUUCUAUUCAAGAUAUAUUCUUGCUGAAAAGUAUUACGACUAAUCGAAGAUAGUUGAUAUUAUUACUUGUUAUAAGCUAUAAAUUUUUGUUCGUCCAUUUUUUAAUAUACUCCAUAAUAUGUAUUGCAUAAUUAGAUAAGAUAAUAUGCUCCAUAUAAUCUAAGAUAAAGGAGAACUUCUCUUUGAAUGUGAUCAAGUAGGAAUUAAUAACUCAGAUAAUAUCAUAAUAAUCAUAAAUAAUGAGAAGUUUUAUUGCGGGAAUAAAAGUUUUAACAUUUGAAGGAAACGUAAAUACCGGUAAUAACUCUAAUGUAACAACAAAUAAUUGUCAAUUAAACAGAUUACGUACGAAUGAGUUGGUCUAUCUGCAGCAAGUUAUUAAUGAAAAAAUUAAUAAAAAAGAAAUAUUCUAUAGCUUCGAACUUUUUCCAAUGAAAGAACCCAGUGAUAUUUAUAAGAGAUUCUUUGCAGAGAUGGACAAACAUUCUCCUGCAUUUUAUGCUUUAACUUGGCAUACUAAGAAUGUUAUAAAUUCUUAUUUAUCCUUGGAUAUAGUUGAACAAUUUCCUUCUCCAACGUUAUUACAUGUAGCAGGUAAAGGUUUAAAACGAUGUAAUGUAGAAAUGAUAUUAAAAAGGGCAUACGACCUUGGAAUAAGAAAUAUCUUUGCUCUUCAAGGAGUUUCAGAUUCAGUACUCGAAGACGGUGAUUUUCCAUAUGCCAUUGAUUUAGUCAAAUUUAUUAGAUCAUAUUUUGGUCAAGAAUUUAGCAUUUGUGUCGCGGGUUAUCCCGAUAUGCAUCCAUCAUCGCCAAACAAAGAUUUCGAUCUCUUUCAUCUAAAAGCAAAAGUUGACGCGGGUGCAGAUUUUAUUAUAACACAAAUAUUUUUUGAGUCUGAUACAUUUAUAAAUUUUGUUAAUGAUUGUAGAAAUAUCGGAAUAACAAUUCCAAUUAUUCCUGGUAUUUUCCCUAUACCGGAGUAUAAAUCUUUACAAAGAAUGACUGAUGUUUGUCGCUUAAAUAUACCAAAUAAAAUAUUCGAUCGUUUAGAGGCAAUAAAGAAUGACGACGAAGCAGUAAAGAAUUUUGGAAUUGAAUUCGCAAUCAAUUUAAUUAAGGAUAUCAUUGAACGCCGGGCUUCGUAUGGUUUUCAUUUAUUUACAUUAAAUAAGAUAACAAUGAUUCAAAAUAUAUGUAAUCGAUUGAAUCUGAUUUACUAAUUACAUAAUAAAAAAGAAUGCACAAUAACCAAAGUUAAAUCUAAUUUGCGUUUGUUUCUUGUUUUAAAUGGAUGCACCACAUCUCUUUCUAUCUUUACAAAGUAUGUUUCUUUGAUAUUAUAUAUUGAUUCAUGAAAUAUUAAGAUAUUUUUAUUUUUUUAAAUAUAUUAAGAAACAAGUCGAUCGUCCACCAUCAUCGUGAGUUAUUAAUCGUGGCUUCAUAUAAAAAACAAAAAAAAAUCAAUGUUUCAGCUGACAAGCGAGAAUUAUAUUGUAUGCAUGAUUUUUCUUGAAAAAAAAAAAAAAAAAAAAAAGUGUACACACACACACACACAUCGCGCGCGCACACAUGCACACGAAACUGAAUCAGUCGGAAUCUUGUAUUCUUUCGUUUGUCAUUCGAUUGCCUAAAGAAAUAUAAAUAAAUUACUUGACAUUUUUGUUUAAAUGUUAAAUAACAAUAUUUUUAAAUCUAAUAAAAUUUAUAUAUACGUAUGUAUAAUAGAAACUUCCAUUAAGGAUUUCUUCACUUAAAAAAAACCAGCCGUAUUCUUGAAGUAUUUGGCAUUGACUUCAUUUACAUUUUUUCGCUUUAUUUACACCUUGUGAAUUAACAAUUUUCAAACACUAAGAUAAAUGAUAUAAUAUAAUAUAAAUGAUUACAAUAAAUAUAUUGAAAAUAUCUUACCUGUAAUGGUAUAAAAACGCUAAGCUUGAAACCGUUCCUGAAGCUUGUUUCUUAAUAAUUGCAACUCCAUUCUAUUGCUGCUGUUUUUGUAAAUUUUCUUGUAACAUUUUUGAAAUUCAGAUUUUUGUUUUUUCAUGAAUUUAUGGUAAUCCAAUACAUCCCCUAUUCCUGCCUCUCCAAUGUUGCUGCUCUUGAAUAUCCAAGGUCUUCUUGACAAGCGUGUAUACGCAAGCUCUGUAUACGCAAAAUUCACCCGACUUUUGGGUUUUCUAAAUUCUCUAAUCGUAUAACGUUUCUUCAUUUUUCACUACUACAUUUCUUUCUACUUCGGUCGAUCGUUUAUAAUAUAGAUUUUAGAAAUUUUACAGAAUGCGAUUUUGCUGCAAUCAAGUCUAGCUGCUUUUCUUCGUAAAUCCUGAAAUAAUUUCAUUGUAAAUAUAUAUUACACAAGUACUUGAUUGUUUUCUAUAAACUCACUAUCGUCUUACUUGAACGAUUUCAGAAUAAUAUAUAAAUCCCGUUAGAUAGACUCGCUAUUUGUGAAAAACUAGAAAGCGUUAUUCUCUGAGAUCCUAAGACUAGUACGUUGCAAGCUGGAUUUUUGUCAUUUUGGAUAAUUUUGUCAAAUCUCUGGCAACAUUUAAUAUGUAAUAUGGAUAUUUAUACAUUUUCAAAAGUUAAUGUUUAAAAUUGAAAUAAAUAUUUCCAAAAUUAUUGCAACCGUAGAUGGUCCAACUAUUAAAGAAAUAAUUGAUGCUACAAAAUCAUAUUUAAUAUCUUUUGAAUUCCUUUUUGAAAAAAUAUAUAUUGUACUACAGUAGAUAAGUUCGGAUAUUAUAUAUGUAUGUACGUUUAUUUUUGGUCCUACAUUUUGAAACUAUCAUUCUUCAACUGUCAUCACUGAAUUGUAUACGUUUCUUUGGAAGCUUGACAUAUGCCAUUGGUUGCAUCAUAAAUAUAGCAUGCACAUUUUACUUGCAACUAUCAAAAAGAUUAUUUUCUAGAAAUUUUUCACGGCAACUUGCCAUUUCAUAAAUACAGCUCCAGAUAUUCUUCAAAGUCAUAUGAUCACUUAUAAAGAAAAACAUAUCAUCACUUUUCGCUUAUUGACGGAGCCGAAUGCCGUAGAAAAAUGUUGUUAGACAUAUACAUACGAAAAUAAGACAAUUCGAAUAUAACGUCCAGCACGUUAUAUUCGAUAUAUAAUAAAUAUAAAUUAAGUUGAACACUGAAAAACAAGAUAUCUAAUAUACAUAUAUAUGUGUAUAUUACAUAUCCUUAUAACAAAAUUGUCUGGAAUUAUCGUAGAAAAUUCGAAAGAAGAUACAAAUACAAGUAUCAUGGUUGACUGUAAGCGAGAGUUUCUCUCCAACUUGAAGCAAAAUUGUACCUGCUUUUGUUUAAAUCAAACACGACUCUUACCAAUUUUAUACUUUCUAUUUCAACACUUUUUAGGGACAUGAAAGACAAUAAGGGUCAUAAUAAUUAACACAAAAUAUUGAGUAGAUAAAUAUAUUACACUUUCACUUACAGUACAUUUGUGAAAAAUACAUCAGACUUACGCGGCUAUAUCGCAUGACAUAUAUGUACAUACACACACACACACACACACACACAUAUAUAUAUAUAUAUAUAUAUACACAUAUAUAUAUAUAUAUACACACACGCACACGCACACAUACAAAGACGCAAUUCAACAAAAUUGUUCAGUACUGUCCAUACAAUGGGAUGAUGAUACGAGAUAAUCAACGAAAAUGAUUAUUCUAUGCGAUAUAUUCCACGUAAUUUUAGCGACCUUUACAAAAUAACAAAUAUUUGAAUAUAUACGUUUUAAUAAGUUUUUCAUACAUUCAUAUGUUGUAUAUUAUAUGGUUUAUCAUGCCAUACCAUAUACAUAUAUGAUAAGUCUUUUCAUAGUUAUCUUAUGUUUCAACAUGCUGUAAGAUGAUGAAAAGAGACAUAAGAAUUCGUCUUGCAUAAAACAAAGCCCUUUAAGACUAAUGUACCUUUACUUUUUUUUAAAUUACAAACUCAAAUUCUAUUGCUAAAGCAUAAUGCUAAUAUAGCACGUAUAUUUAUUCUCAACAUCUUACGCAACCAGUUUUCUACCUUCGAAUAAUAAUAUUUAGAAAAUGUGGAUUUACGAGAAAUAAGUCGUAUAUUGUGAAUACUGGUUUAAGUGUAAUUUGAUAAUUUCAUACAAUGAAUAUUAUAUAAAUGUUAAAAAAAAAAAAAAAAAAAGAAAAAGAAAAGAUUUUCAAGUAUAA